AUGGGACCGUGCUUCAGCCCGAUGGCUCCUCCACCUUUAGCGCGGCCCGCCAGGGGACCAUCGUUGGAAUGCUCAGUGUUGGUUGUCUUAUCGGCGCUGAUAUCCGGAAAGCUCGCCGACGUCAUAGGUCGCAAGUAUGCUAUUUCGGCUGCUGCCCUCUGGGCCUGGAUCGGGACAAUCAUCGAGAUCUCAUCUUCUAGCCACUGGGUACAGUUCGCCAUGGGUCGCUUCACCACGGGUAUUAGCAUCGGGGCUCUUUCAGUUUUGGUCCCCAUGUACCAGUCUGAGAGCAGUCCGGCCAUCCUCCGAGGCGUCAUCGUGGCUUGCUACCAGCUCUUCGUCACUCUGGGUAUCUGGACCGCAGAGAUGGUCGACUGGGGCACCGAAUCUCGGUCUAACUCUGCCUCGUGGAGGAUUCCGAACGGUCUCACUUUUCUUUGGGCUCUUUUUCUAGCUUCUGGAAUACUCUUCCUCCCGGAGAGUCCCCGGUACGCUUACCGCAAGGGCCGUGUCGAAGAAGCGCGUUACACCAUUGCAGGCCUUGCCGGCGCAGAUCCACACUCCAUUACCGUCACCAAGGAGAUGCAGGACAUCCAAGCCAAGCUCGACGAGGAAAACGCGGCAACAAAAACGGACUGGUACGAGAUCUUUACCGGCCCGCGUAUGUUCUACCGCACGAUUCUUGGUAUUGUCCUGCAGGCAGGCUCGGUCAACGUCAUCUGCACCAUUGCUGGGCUUUAUAUUGUCGCCAAUGUGGGGAGGAGGAAGGCUCUCAUGGCAGGUGCUGCCUGGAUGAUGAUGUGUUUCCUCGUAUAUGCGUUUGUUGGGCAUUUUGCGUUGGAUUUAAAUAAUCCGAUGAAUACGCCUGGACCCGGCGGCGUCAUGAUUGCCUUUUCUUGUCUCGCCAUUGCCGCUUUUGCUUCUACAUGGGGACCUCUGGUCUGGGCUGUCGUUGCAGAGCUGUACCCAUCGCAAUAUCGCGGGCCCUGCAUGGCUUUGGCGACGGCUUCUAACUGGUUCUGGAAUUUCAUGAUUUCCUUUUUUACCCGUUUCAUCACGGAUGCCAUCGAUUAUCUCUACGGCCUCGUCUUCGCGGGCUGCUGCGCGGCUCUCGUUGUCAUUGUCUUUUUCUUCCUCAUAGAGUCGAAGAACCGGAGCCUCGAGGAGAUUGAUACUAUGUACCUCCUGCACGUCAACCCUAUCAAAUCGCGCAAAUGGGAACGCGGCGACGAAAAAGAGAGUCCUAGGACUGGAGACAUGAAUUAG